AUGGCGUUCGUAGGUUGUUGUGAGCUUUUUCUCUAAAAAAUUACAUGAAGAAUUAUUUUUCAGUCAAGCACCACGCAAAAAAUUUUGACAUCUCCGAAAAAGGAUGUCAGAAGAAGAAAGGCAUCUGCAGCGACGAAGAAACAUAAUGGGUCGAAGAAGAGGAGUGGAUUGGCUAUCGGUCUAUCAACUAUAUAUCCUUUAUUCUUUUUCCCCCAAUUCGAGGACUAAGUCUGAAACAAGCAUAUUCAGACCCACAGCCCCUCAGAGCUCAAACGAAAUCGACCCCGUAUGAUAUUGAUUCUUUGGGUUCUUUCGAUGAUUCAUUACGAUCUGAGGACAUAGAAGUUAUAGUUCGCAAAGAAGACUUUGACUACGACUGUAUGGUUAGUUUUUAAUAUUUUUUUUUCAAGGUUUGUCAAACAUUUGAAUAUAGAAACAAAAUAUUUUCUAGCCUCAAAGCACCCCACAUAAGUAAGUGACUAUAUCGCAGCGGGCCGCGGGCGGUAUAGCCAAAACUUCUCGCUGCCCUAUCUCUUUCUGUCAUGGGAUUGAAAAUUUAAAAAAACUUUUAUUUUUGUUCUGACUUUUAUGAUGAAAUGAAUAAAAUUAGAAGAAAAAUUUUCCAGAGAGCUAAAUAGCUCGGCGAGAAGCAAGCGAUAUUGCGCGCGGUAUAGCGUUAUUCUGGCUGCGAAUUAGUCUGUAAUAUCGGGUGAGAGUACUUAAAAAAUAAACAUUCCAAAAAAAAAACUCAUUUUUUGAAAAAGACUUUAUUAAAUUUUAGGUUAAAAUUGGAAAACUUUCGAGGUUGAUAUCAAUGCAAAAUUUGUGGGACGACAAGUUGAGCGCUCUGUUUGUGAUGUUCACGUUUGUAUACAGCUACGAUAUCUCCAUGAAACUAUAUGUACAAAUCGAGACACACGGAUGUUACGCAUUUCCAAAACUGCGAAUUUGAUUUUUUGUUUCAGACAUUUUCGCUCUCUAUUACGUCGUCGCAAUGAUCUUAGUUGGUAUCCCGUUGAUGUCGUUCGAAUUUUGGCUUGGGCAGUUCACUUCGCUCGGGCCAGCCCGAUUAUUCUCUCAGAUGGUCCCUGCUAUUUCAGGUUGGCAGAAAGGGUUUAGACCCUACUUAAGAAUGUGAAUGUGAUACCUAUCGCGGUUAGGGGACUAAAGCACCUAAGCGGGCAAAAAGUGCUCCCUAUAGGGGUCAAAUUUAGGUGAUCCCUAUAAAAAUUUAGGGCCCUUAAAUGGUCCCUACGGGGGCCUUUCAAAUUUUUCGUUAGUCCAAAGAACGCAAAUUUGUCUAAUUUUGCGCAUGAAAACGCUUCUUCUCAUCGAGCUGAUGGCAAUAAACGCCUUGCAUAGAGUGAGGCUUACAAAAGUGGCCUAGAAGUUUCAGUUAGUAACCUCUCUAGGGAACACGCUUGUAAAUUAUUUAAAAGAAGAAACAUUUCCAUGCGAAAAAAUCAAUAACUGGUGUGUACAAGAGUUAUUUCGAGGGAUAUUUUUCUGAAAUUUGAGGCUUUGUAAUCUGGAAAAAAUGACGUUUUUUUUUUUGGACCACCUCUGCGCAUUUUCAACGUCUGCUAUAUCAGGUAUUGCUGUCUCGCAACUCUUGCUCAACAUCGGAUUCAUAACGACGAGCAUAUAUUCCGUGACAAUGCUCAUUUCGACGUACCCAGCGACGAUGGAGUUGACUCCACGAUGGUCGACCUGCGCCAAUUGGUUCAAUCGUCAUGGUUGCGUCACGGGUUUUUGUGACUCGCCUCAAUUCAAGAUUUCAGGCUGCACACCGAUGGUCCACCCAUGUGCAGAAAUGAGGCAACUUUCGAUUUACAAGCCAACGUGCGUUCAAACAUUUUCUCAUAGAAUUUGAAAGAUACCUGCUUGGUGCUACGGAAAUAGCGAAUUUUCUUUUCCGCGAUUUAUUUUUUCAUUUUGAUUUUGAAGUUUUCAAAAUGGAUUUUAACGACUGGAAGCAAUUGAAAUGCACCGAAUGUUCAUUCUAACAACGAAGGUCAUUUCACUUGUUGAGAAUAUUAGUUGUUAGUUGAGAAUAGCUAUAAAUCGACCAGAACGCUCAUUGAUGUACCAACAGAAGAUCCUAGAAGUCUCAAACUGCUUAACUUUCUAUUUUUAAAAGGACACCUCAGAGUCAAAGAAAGCCCUCAAAAUCAGGCUGUUUUAGAGGUUUGAGCUCUUAAUUCUCGAAAACUAGAAAGUUGUGCAGAUCUUGAGACUUUCAGAAUCUAUUUUUGAUACAUCAAAAAGUUAUCUGACCGUUUCUUUUGAGAAAAUACUGGGGCGCGCCGUAGCACAACAGGUGAUGUGCCUAUAGGAUAUCUACGGUCCAUAGGGUCACAAGUUCGAUCCGCGCCUCGACCCAACCAAGGGGUUCAAGAAGUGUUGGAGGGGGGAAACCACGGCUUCAUAAUCCUCAGAUGUCACACGAGGACGGAUAUGUCACUCGAACCAGUCCACACACACACACUGAUAUCAGGAUAAGACCUCGGUCAUUCGACUUGGGACGUCGAAGCGGCUUAAGCGGUACAAAGGCUUAAGAAGAAGAAGAAGAAGAAGAAAUGUAUUCUGACCAAUUUUCAGGAGCGUUCGUUUUCGCAAUGUAAAAUGACCUUCUUUGUAAGUUAGAAAAAAAACUAAUAGAAAAGAUAUUAGAAAAAAUGCGGAUAUGGAAAACUUGCUCUUGUCGAAUAGCGCCAGUUUUGUUCCUUUGCAGUCAGAUCGGCGACAUUUGUGUGUUAGCAGCGCUGACUCCAGAGAUGCGGCUUGCUAUGAAGCCUCUCGAUGUGAGCGACAAGUCGGUCAGCUUCCUUCAGUGGCUGGCGCGCCUCAGCCCCAUGCAGCUCAUGUUCGUUUUGCUUUCUCAUGCCGAAAGAUCCAAAUUUAUAAAGUUAUGAAGUUCAAAAAAGCAAUAAGUUCAAUGAGUUGAGACUUUCCAAUAAAAGUGGUAAUCAAUCGGUUAUCCGAGUUUCAGAUGAAAUGAAAUGAAACAAUUAGCGUUUUCCUAAAUCGAGAAUUUCUCUCGUGGUCUGAAACAAAUUCAGGAAUUUGCGGGACCCUGCAGGGAAGUCGCGAGUCAUUAAGUCCUUAGUUUUUUUUUCUUAUUCUCCUCCGAAGAGAAAUAUUCUUUAGCCGAACUUUGAGUCUGGUUCAUGGAGGUCCAUUCAAAUUUUGUAAGUACGACUUUCAGGUAUGAAGGAAUGGAGAAUAUCACUCAAAUGGUGCAAACAACUCUACCGACGCCGAUUUUUUACGCCCAUCUUUGUUUUGUUCUUUUUGGUGUUCUGGUCAUCGUGUGGGUACCGCGCCGUUACGUGCCCCUGGUGAGAUUGCACAAUAAAUUACCUCAUGUGAACGGAAUCAGGUGCUCAACGUUUCUAUGAAAACAAAUCAGUUCCUUUCAUUUUCGAAAACCAAUAUUAAAAGACAAAACAAUUACAUGAGUUUUACAGUUGAUAAAAACUGUGAUUAUUUUGCGACUCACGGUGAUGUGUGUCGAGCUACUGUUGUGGUUUGGAAACGCCAGCACUGUGUUGAAGCAUUGGCAGGAUUUGAAUACGAUUCCCUUAUUUCCAGUUUUGAGCUUGGUUUCUUUUUAUUUAAAUUCGGAAUUUGACCCAUUUUUUCAAAGGUAAUCUCUUCAUUGAAGUUGGGUCAAGGCGGAUUGAUCUUUCUCGGCUCACAUAACAAGUUUAGGAAUGGCGUUCUGAUGUGAGUGAACUUCCCCUAUUUUUCGAUCAAUUGAAGUUAUUUAGAGACAGUAUGAUUCUAGUGAUGGCGACGGUUUUGAUGAGUCUGUUAGGAGCUUUUCUUCACCUGAUCCGCUUCGACGCGUUUCUUCAGGAAAUGGCCGGAGGCGAUACGAAAACCUUUCUUUCAUUAAGUAACCCUUAUAAUUCAACACGAAAAAGUUGAUAAAGUCUAAAAAUAGAUGUUUGCCUCAGGAAUUUGAUUUUCAUCAUUGAAAAGAACUACAAAAUAGCUCAUUUACAACUCUUCUGUUCUUAAUAGGUGAAGUUUUUACCCCCGGUUGAACUUUGGAACUUCGCUGAAGUGUACAGAGCCCCUAAUUGCCAAAUAAGAAUAAAACUUCUCGCAAUAGAACUCGUUUUCAAGUUAUAAAGCUUUAAGUUCUGCAAAAUACGCAAAUUAUGACAAAAAAACAUUUUUAAAGCCUCUUAACUCGAAAAUAAGAUCUCUUGCGAGAAAUGUUUUUUUCUUGUUCUGCAAUAUUUAAUAUAAAAAAACGUUACAGUUAGAACGAAAGUUGAAUUCACUGAAAAAAAUAUUCAUCACAAAUUUUUAAAUGUCGUUCGUAUGUUUUUUUGAUCGAGAAAAUAACAUACAAUAUUUUUUUCCUUUUGUAAAAAGAUUUUGGAUAUCAACGAUUCGAAAAAAUGUUUGUCAGCGGUUUUUUUCUUAUCAGAUUGUGUUCUGUGUUCAGAAGCACGGAUGCGCGAUGAGCCAUUGUUUCGAAGUGCGGCGCCGACUUACCUUUCUUCGAACUUUGUGCUCACUUUCGAUCACAAAAACGAGCAAUCAGUGGCGAUCUUCUUCUUCACUUUUUCCAUCGUUUCUCUUGUUAUAAUCAAUACUGUUUGUGAUCUAUUCGUAUUCAUGUUCUGUUCAUUUUUAUUGAAGGUGGUGCGUCUGGAGAUGUUGACGUCAAUGAUUUUGGAGAAGCUGAACGACGUUCCAUCGGCCUGCGAGUCGCGUUACCAUGCUAUAAUCAUCAAAAUGCUCAUUUUGUACGUCUGCUUGAUCCUGGGGCUCUUUUGGAAAACGCCGGUAAGGUUGAUAAGAAUCAGGAAAACAGCGAUGGCGUCGCGGAAAAUUUUGAAGUUCAUCUGCUGUAGAGUAUUUAAAUAAGCAAGAUGAUUCUUUGAUUUUUCGUCGCUUCAUGAAACGUCAUAAAAGAUGGCAGGAAGUAAUUCAGAGUCCGCGAAUAUUCGUGGGCUUGAAUUGCGCAUACACCAAUCAAAAAAACUUGGAUAUGUGAUAUAAAAUUCUGUGAUAUAUCUUUAUAUAUCUAAGUCUGUGACAUAAAAUUGAACACUUUUCUAGUGAGGUUCAGCGCUGAAAACCUAGCGAACCACUAUGAACAGGGCAUAUAAAAGUUAUAAUUUCUUUUCAAUUUGCAAAUUUUUCCUUUCAAGUUUCUUAAUUUUUUCUUUGAAGGUUUAAAAAGCUUUUCGGUUCAGCUCGGGAUGAAAAAAAUGGUUCUCCUGGAAAACUUGACACUGCCUUCCGUCUGCACAAUGCUAAUUCUCGUGCAACUCAUCUCAGUUUGCUACAUUUAUGGUUCACGUCGUUUUCUGGCCAACAUUUUGUGCAUGACGCUCGACACAAUCGUAAGAUUGCUCGACCAACUACAUAGAGUUCCUGAAUUUCAGAGUAAUGAGCAGGGUCUGACGGUACGGCUAAUUGGGUCUGUUCAAAUGAUCUAUUUUGCGAUUGUGGCGCCAUGCAUGCUAGUGGUAAGAAAAGCUUUGGAGGAAGAAAAGUAAAUGAAUUUUAAUGUCAAUCAAUUUCAAUCCUUUUUUUAAAAAACCGUUCUUCUUUCCAAAUUUAUCUCGACACGUAAACAAAAAAGAAAAUCUUCCGGCUAUUUUGCACUUUCCAACAAGCAAAAAAUUUCAGUACAUAAUUUCAAUGCAUUUCGAUAGUGACGAUUCUUCCGAAUUAUUUGGAGAAGAGCAAUCUAUCAUUAUGUUUUCUAUCUUGCUUCCUUUCGUCUUCAUGUUUCAUCAAAAGGUCUUCUCUUAAGAGAUCAUUUAAUCUAAAUAGAUUGACAGGUCUGGUUGACAAAACAGUACAAGAAACCAUUCGCAUCUAUUUUCGACCCGAACCCCGAUCUAUGGGGACCUCGUCGGGAAGUGGACCGCGAACUGGCUAACAUCGUUGAACGAAAAUUCACCGCGAUUUUCUGA